GUAGUAGUCUAAUUGAUCGGAAGUUGUUUUUUUUUCUGUCGCUAUGACUACAGAUUGCCUCAGUUUUCAGAUCUUUAGAAGAUGGCUACUAGAAUCGGGAGAUCAGCAACUGUUCUUUCUUCUGUACCACUACAAAUACUUUUCUUUUUAAAUGUUGUCUAUUUUGUAUUUUACUUCUUGGCAACACUUUUGAUGAUCAUUUAUAAAAGCCAGGUUUUAAGCUACCCUGAUGGCAAUUUGGCAGUGGACUUGGUCUUGCUUUUUAUCAUGAUAUUUGUGGAGGCAAUCAGACUAUACCUGGGUUCAAAGGGCAAUUUAAGAGAGGAGAAAGUUCCCAUGGGAAUUAGUCUUGCUCUCACAUGUGGAAGUGCUAUGCUUUCUGUUUACUUCUUGGUGUGGCAGACUUAUGUUCUGAGGGCUGAUAUAAUCAUUAAUGCUAUCCUGUUAAUCAUCUAUUGUCUGGAAAGUGUGCUUGACAUCAUAGCAAUUGCUGCUUUUGCCAGUGCUUAUGCAUAGGGGGAUUUUGAACAAAGGCAAUAUGGGUCAAAAGUUUCAUAAUAGUGUUUUGGCCAGUUCCAGUAUGACACAGAUCCAUCUAAGAUAAAUUGAUAUUUGUUACCUAUAAUACUGUAAAUAUUUUCAUAGACAUAUGUCAGAUUACACUGUAUAAUUAGUACAGAGAACAUAUCUCAUAAAUAAGAGAGCUCAGGUUGUCUGCAUUGCAACAGUAAUUGGUUGGUCAGAUCUGUCAUUCAUUAAAUACGUUUAAUUCUCUGUUUCUCAAAAAAAAAAAAAAAGGCAUUUUCAUCUAAUGUAAAGAUGUAUGCACAUUUUUUUCCUAACAAAAUCAUGUCACUGAAUUUUACACUCUAAAAUGUAAUCAGUGUUUUAUUUUGUUCCCCUUACAAAUUAAAUUACUACCCUUUUAUCAUAAAAAACAGUGGUUACAUAAUGUACUGUACUGUAUAUUUUAAGGCAUUGUAUGUAUAUAUUAAGUAGCACAAAAAUGUAUUAUUUUUAUUCUGAACAUUAACAUGUGUCUGCAGAAUUUUCUCAUAUAUUCCAGCAUGUUUAUUUCAUGGAAGUGUACUCAGUGUAAACAGCUGCAACAAAUGUUCACAAGCAAAGUAAAUUUGAAUUUAGAUUAAAUAUUUUUAAUUUUAUUGUUGUUCAUAUUUCUGUUUACAUUUCUUUAAUAAAACACUGACAUAAUGAAAACUUUCAUGGACAUUUUGUUUUUACUGCAUG